AGUUCUUCAGUUGUCAUUCCACGGGAGCGCUUAAAUCCUAAACAACAGAGGUCAGCCUGACUGCGUUAUCCACACAGCGAGUUGGGAAUCGAACUAAACCAAAUACAGGUUCUGAACAGGAAACGAAUUUCUUAAAACAAGUACUGUUCUUGAAAAGAACAGAAAACAUGGCUUAUACAGUGAAUGAACUUUAAACUCCUGGACCGAAAACUGAGGGUUUUUUCAUCAAGGAUGGCAACACCAUACGUUCCUGUUCCUAUUCCUAUUGGAAGCUCAUCAUCCAGCUUUACAAACAGAAACCAAAGAAGUUCUUCUUUUGGGAGCAUCUCGACAAGUUCCAGCUCCUCAAAAGGACAGCUGGAGGACUCUACAGUUGGUAGUUUUAAAAAGAUGAGCGUGCCUGACCAGAUUGAUUCUACAUCAUCUGUGUGUAGUAGUCCACUUGUUAGGACUAAAUUUACAGGUAUGGAUACAUCCAUAGAAUACUGUACUCAGCCCGUAGAAGAAAUAGAGCAGAAUACAGAUUCCAGGAGCUGGGAAGAUCGACCGUCCACGCCUACUAUACUGGGUUAUGAGGUGAUGGAGGAAAGGGCAAAAUUCACUGUAUACAAAAUACUGGUAAAAAGAAGUCCAGAGGAAAGUUGGGUGGUUUUCAGACGGUACACUGACUUCUCCAGGCUUAAUGACAAGCUAAAAGAUAUGUUUCCGGGCUUUCGGUUGGCCCUUCCACCAAAGCGCUGGUUCAAGGAUAAUUAUAAUCCUGACUUCUUGGAAGAUCGACAGUUGGGACUACAAGCAUUCCUCCAGAACCUAGUAGCUCACAAAGAUAUUGCUAACUGCCUUGCAGUGAGAGAAUUUCUUUGUCUGGAUGAUCCUCCAGGUCCUUUUGACAGUCUAGAAGAGAGCAGGGCUUUCUGUGAAACUCUGGAGGAAACAAAUUACCGCCUACAAAAAGAACUGCUUGAAAAACAAAGGGAGGUUGAAUCGCUGAAGAAACUGUUAAGUGAAAAGCAACUUCACAUAGAUGCUAUUGAAGGAAGAAUUAGGGAUUUAUCUUUAGGAAACAUGACUCGUCAAAUGUCAGGAGAAGAAAGUGAGUGCAGUGGUGAGGUGGAGUCUUCUGCAGUAGAAGCAGACCAGGGUACCCUGGGUGAGGACAGCUGCUCAGAUAAAGAGAACCAUGAGGCAUGCUGGAGUGGCUCUUUGGCUGAAAAUUCUGUACCAGAAAUUGAAGUUGCUGAAGUAGCAUAUACCGCUGAUGAAGAAGAAUAGAUCAGUAGCAGCUGCUGUUACCUGGGAAAGGUUCAUGUUUGGGACAUGCUCUGUGGAUAGGGGCAUAUAGUAGCUGUGAAGAAUUUACAGCAAAGAGCAAGAAUGCACAUAUUGAAUGUUUACAUAAAUCCUUACAAAUUAUUAAUGUAAGAAAAUAUACCCAGUGCUGCUUUGAUUUCAGUUUUUAUCUAGCCUUUAUAUAUUUAAUAUAUUAAAGUCUAAUAAGGGCUAAAAUUAGCUAAAGUUUAGGUAGCGUACGUACACAAUUUGGCUGAGUUUCCUAGCGGAGUGACAAAAACUUCCCAUUAAAUGACCAAACACAUCUAACUAGCACGUCAUAUGUUGCCACUGAUGUGACACAUUUGAUGUGUUCAUCUGUUUGGUAUUUGUGUUUUCAUAUUCUCAUAGCCAUAAAUUAAUGCUUGUUGAAGUAAAAAUGGACUCAUCUUACGUUUCAUAAGAGUGUAGAACGUGUUGUUUUUAAAUUCUAAAGUUGAAGAAUAUUUCUCUGGAAAUUUUAAUGCAAUGCAAUAGGAAAACUUGCAGUACCAAGAGGAAAGUACUUACGAAAUGGGAUUAUAGUUGGACAUUUUAAAAAAAAACAAAACAAAAAACUGGUCAUUUUUGCUGAAGGAACUAAUAUGAGACCCCAAAACACUGUGUAUUUUCAUCCCAAGAUAGCAUGCUGUAAUAAUUUUUGUUCAGUAAUGCUGCUUUUAAAAUCUGGGAUACCUUUGCUAUAUACCCAUGUAACAACAAAAUUGGUGAGUUUGCCUUUUACUUGGAACACUACCUCUUACCAUCUUGCUAAUACAUUCAUGUUUGUUUAAAAAUAUUCCAGAUUAUAUGGAGAUGAUUGAAAGACUUGUAAAGAAGCCAUAUUUUUUCCUGCACAGUUCGUAACUAGAUUGAAUCUAGUUGCAGUGUAUUUUUGUUUCAAUAUAUUGUACACAUGGGGAUAUUGCUACAUGUGUUCUAUAGCCUAUUUUUCAAAAUGUAUUAAGACAGGAGAUGCACUUUAUAACUAAGACUCCAUUGUGCCAAGUUCAGUUGGCUAAUUGCUUGAGAAAGGGGAGUUGCAGGGAGAGGAUUAUGUAGUGCCUUUUUGUAUUUUACUUGUUCAUUACUGCAGAAUUUUGUUACAGUGCUCUGGGUCAGCUCUGUGGAAUCUGUGAUGCAGCUUGUUUCUGUUCUUCACUUAUUUACUGAAAGUGCCUUGUUUUAUUCUGCUUCUCCAAAUAGGAAGAAUGCUGUUUUGUUUUAAUCUUUUUUUUGCCCUAUACCACCCACAUCGUUGUUUAAUGUUGUCAAUAUGCAGUGUCUUUGUGCUGGAGUUUUUCAAAGGGAGCUUUGUACUUCAGGCUGUGCAUACAAUGACCUUUAUGCAGAAGUGUAUAAACCUUCCUGGUGAAAUAAAACUGUGGACAAAACACCUGUCUUCUCUUUUCCAUUGUAGAAAAAAUGUUCAACGCUUUGUCUACUAAAAGGAUAAAAAUACUAUUAUGAAAAGACAUUUCUUACCUCAGUGAUUUCCUACAUUACUCAACUUUUGGUCUGAGUUCUGUUUGUACCAAAAAUUGUCUGCAUGAAAAUGAAUGAGAAUUCUGUAAGGAGACACCAGAAAACUUACUGUACUUCUGUUGAAGAUUAAAAUAAAAAAGGAAGUAAUCUUUUUUUUUUAUAUUCUACAUCAAUCCUCAUAGAUGUUGAGUGAACUCAAUAAAGCUUUGACACCUUA